CUUGUCUUGAACAACACUCUCUGCACAACGGUACCUCAAUACUAUCAUAUUCCCUACUUCUCUCUACAGUACCAUCCAUUUCAUCUCCCCGACCUCUAUCCAUUCCUCACCCCCCGCCCAUCCGUCAUAUUCUCCCCUCUCUCUUCCCUACGUUCCUUCCAUACUUCUCACCUCCCGCCUACUCCCUACCCCACGCCUCCCGCUCUGCUACUCGUUGCCCCUUGCAGGCGCCACGCGAAAACCAAGAUGAGCUCUUCCACCGCCGAGGGGUUCAAUCCUUCUGAAGCAGACAUCCUUCUUAUCAAAGUCAUGUCUCCAGUCUUCGGCUUUCCACGAGACCUUACCUUCCGAAUGCUAGCGACCUCCACCAUUAGAGACGUGAAGGACAAAAUCACCGGUUCUCUAGAUUCGAGACCGCCGUGUGACCAACAGCGUUUAAUCUAUCGCGGGAAGAUGAUGCAGGACGAGAGCAGACUGGAAACAGUCCUCGGGCUUAAUUCUGGGCUGGUCAGAAGUGACCCAAAGGAGGCGUUUACCUUUCAUUUGAUGCUUCGGCCUCCACCUAACCCCGCGCCAACCCCUGCGCCCGCGACGACACCCGCAAUACAAAGCGCGCUUCCUAAUGCUUCCACUUUCCAUUCGAGACCUAGGCCCACAACCCCCAUAUUCGGUGAACAGGCUCCCGAGGAAAGCACUGCCCAUGCAGGGCUUGGGGAGCUCACUCGGCCAGGGUUGCCGAGACUAGGAGGAUUGCAGCGGCAGCUCCGACAAAGGCAAGAAUAUAUAAAUUCGAGACCAGGGCCUGAUCAGGGGAGUAGUAGUGAGGUUUCGGCUCCCGGAGCAAGUAGCAAUGAUCUAGCGGCAGGACCAGAAGCUGAUGCCACCAUGACCCCAACAAGUACACUCCCGGCGGCGGAUACUGGCAGCGGCUCAAGCUCAGGCUCUGCUCUUGGACCUUCAUGGGGGUCGCCGAGAUCGCAUAACGAAGCAGCGGCUCCAAAUCAAUCAAGGGCCAGACGGAGACAUGCUUACGAGCGGCUGCGCGAGAGGCUUUCACGUCAUGAGGAUGCUACUACAGCAGCCUUCACAAAUCUCUCUCCCCCAUCAGACCCGCUACCAGUGUUCCACCUACCAGCCAAUAACCCACAUCCUAUUACCACUGCCAGUCCAGUAUAUCUUCUACAAGAUGUGAGCGGUAGACCCAGGGCGCUCCUGCUAGGGCCCCCGACGAGCACAAAUCCCACACUAGCCAUAAAUGGUUUAAGAGGACAUUUGGGGCCACCCGGCGCUGGUAUCCCCAAUCUACAAGUACGUGGGCUCGAGUUGCCCCCUCUUCCGGAUCUUGCCAACCUCGGCGCUAUUGGGGGUAUUGCUGGAAACAACCUUCUUGGUGCAGGGCUGGGGCUUGGAGAUCAUUUCGGGGGUGCUCACGCUCACCACCGAGUUGGAUUCCAUGGCGCAGUACUAGAGAGACCUAGGCGGGUGGGACGGCUCAACCUACCCGACUUGAUACGCGGAGUUCGAGCCCGUGCAUCGCAUUUCUGGCUAGCCAUAAGAUUGACUGUCUUUGUAAUUCUGUUCACUGGAAGCGGAGGCUGGAAGAGAAUGUUCUACCUUGGCGCAAUUGCUGUUGCAGUAUUCGUCUGGCAAACCGGCGUCCUCGAGCCAAUUCUCCGCCCAGUAAUCGAGGCCAUCAACCCCCCGCCACCACCGCCACCGUCAACACAACCCCCCGCUCCAACCCCUGCCCAACAAGUCCCCAACCAGCCUCAACCGCAAGCCGCCGCCAACCCAAACAAUGACAAUCCUCCAGGACAAGCCAUGGAUGCAAACGUGAACCAACCCGACCCGGCCCGAACCGCGCAAAUGCUGAUCGACCGCCAGCAAGACCGUUUCAGAGACAUCUUCCGUGGCAUCGAGCGAUGCAUAAUGAUCUUCCUGGCAAGUCUCAUCCCGGGGCUUCACGAACGGCAUGUGAACGCCGUGGAGCAACGGCAACGGGACGAAGCGCAGCGGCAGCAAUUACUUCUUCAACAGCAGCACCAGCAGCAGCGAGCUGCUGCUGGUGGUAGUAGUGGCGACACGGAAGUGAACGAUGGAGGUGAGGGAGGAGCGGGAGCGGGACAAGUACCCCCUCCAGCACCGCAGCCAGAGCCACAAAUGGAUGAGGUGGACGUCGAUCCCUUGGUAGUCUUGUAGAUUUUUUAUCUCUAUUCUCUCGUGGUGGUUAUCCAUUUCGUCAUUUCGUCAUUUCUCCAUUUUCCUUACUCUUAUCAUACCACACCAUGCUUUUCUCCCCUUAGUUAGUUCGUCAGUUAGCAUAACACAUCGCAACCCAACCAACUAACCGCCUUAUCAGGUAACUUGACUCGACCACUUUCAUCAUAUAUUCGGUGCUUGGCCGGGUCGGUGGGUGUUUUCCAGUCACAUACAGCAUUCCCCUCCCCUCCCUUCUCUUUUUUUCUUUCUCUCGCCUCGUUAAGCUUGUCGGUUCCUUGGUUCGCUUUGUUGGGUCACUUGGAGGAAUUGCCGAGACCGAGAAUACAACCUGAUCAGAUUCUAGAAAACUGAAUGCGAUACUCGAGUACGUACAGUAUUAUAUGCCACGGCCACAUGCGAUGGAGGCCGUUUUGGCUUGGUUAAGUCUUGGGCUCUAGUUCCGGGUGGCCCAUGAUGGGUGUGAUGCCGAGUGACCGUGAUAAAUAUAACUCUAGCGAGUAAAUCCGAUGGGAGGCACGGCACCGGCAUUCAUGAUGCUAAACUUUUUUAUUGCACAACUUAUUACGUCAUGCGUACACACAUCCCGUCAAGACUUUGGGCAAGGUAGGAAAAUGACUUAGGUAAGAGUAUCAUAGUGAAUUAGAGAAGGGGAAAUUUA